AAUCGCGACCACGAGGAGGUUACCCCAUGUGACCCUGCCCUCAAUAGCAACUGGGCCAAUUUGAUUACUGAAGAGACCUGGCUGGAGUCACUCAGCACACCCUGGAUUCGAACUUAUGACUCCAGGGGUGGUAGUCAUCGUCAAUACUCGCUGAGCUACCCAGGGCUCCAUGAACAAGAUACUUUAAUUUUAUUGCUGUUUUAUCACUGUUGAAUCAUGCUGUGCUAACAUUUAUGUCUCUCAAUUUCAGCUCUAUUGGAAUAGUUGGUUCUCAGUUGCUGAUUUGAUUAUAUUGAUGCAGCUGCGUCUCAUGUCUCAGGAAAUGCAACACAGAUUACUUCGACACAAAAUCUACCUGCAUAUUUUUCAUGUUAUGGACAUCAGGUUUUCCAUAGCUACAUUAGAAGAGCUGGCAUCUCAUGACGACAGGUGCGCUAUUUGCUUGGAAAAGAUGCGCACGGCUUGCAAACUUCCCUGUGGGCACCUCUUUCACAUGUCUUGUUUGCGUUCAUGGCUGGAGCAGGACAUGUCAUGUCCCACUUGCAGGAUAUCUUUCAAUAUCAGUGCCAGAAGUAGUCAUACCACAGAAGAGCAGGAGGGGGCAUCACUGAGAGGCAGUUUGGGACCUGCUACUGAGCCAAGCCCAAACAGCUCUAAUCAAUCACCUCAAUCACUUUAAGUUUAAUGGUUCUCUUAUUGCUAGCUGGCUGCCUGGAUUUUCAAUUGAAUUUGUGCACUCUACUAGUAUUUCUUCUACAGACAGACCACUCACAGGUUCACCUGGAGGCAGAGUUGUUUCAGAGAUCUACCUGAGGAGUCAUUGCAAGAUUUUAAACCAACAAAUGAAGGAAAACCUGCAGUGACAGCAUUUUGAGAAACCUGAGCAGGUGUUAAAAGAGUGAAACAUCUGCUCAAAAUCGGUUGACGAAAGACAUUGAAAGUUAAAGAGUGUGCAACACGAAAUGUCUACAAGUGGAAGUUAAACAUAGAAAUAUUGAAAGUGUGUAUUUUCAACACAAUGACUAGUGGCUGUAAUAUGGCUGUUAUUUGGGCAUAGUCUCGCUAUUCCACCAUUGAUAAAAUCUGUAAGGUCAACAGUUUGACAUUUUCCCUAAGAAAUUGAAAUAUUGUAUUACAUAGUGCAUUCUGUUUUUAAUGUGUUUUUAAAAAAAAUAUUUAUAAUUAGGUCAUGAGAAGAAGACUGACUUGUGAAAUUAUGCUAUUCAUGAAAAAUUAAACUUAGAUUUAUAUUAAACUUAUAUGCCUCCUAUAUUUACAACUUAAAGUAAGCCAAAAGUUAGCCUAUUUUUCAAGCAUGUAAUAAAUGUUUCUUUGCCCUUCCUGUCAUGUCAGGCCAUGUCCUAAAGUCAUGCAAUGCUUAAGUACAGUAUGUACUGUAAGUUGGAUGGCUUUGAUGUGGAGAGCUUUAUUAACUGUUGACACUUGUUACAGGUUUAAGUCCAAGUGCUCCCACAGAGAGCAUCGUGCACUACAAAUAACAUCAAAGCAAGAAAGACUUGACUGAAAAUAUCUGUAGUCUGUGUUUUCUAAAAACAUAAUAAUCAGGUCAUCUUUAUGUUUUUUUUUUUUUUUUACAUUUGUUAUAUUUUUGGUAUUUUUAUAUUAACAUAUAGAUUGGCAGCUCUAUUUAUUAUUUGUGUAUUGUGUUAUAAAGUCUGGAAGAAUAUUUGUCUUGCUCAAAUGUGCACGCAAUUACCGUCCACCUGGGUGUUAUGUGCAUCAAAGCACGCAGAAGAGGGCGACACUUCUCCGAUGGCAAAACGCUUUACUGUAAACUGAGAAAUGCUCUUAGUGCAACACACGGACAAGUCCGUAUAUUGUGAAAUUCCGCAAGGAAGAUCAGUUUACAGACGCAUUACCACGUACAGUCUAAAUGUCCCUCCAUGUCGAUAAGUACUUUUAGGCAAGCAUCCAAACGCGCAUCAUAGGAUGUUAAUAUUCAAAGAGGCAAGCAUCAGUGACCCAUGGAUAUGCUUGUUUAUAUGCACCCUUCUCUCACUUCAUCAUGGAGUAAUAUCUGAAACCAGUAGAGCACUGGAUAUAAUGACAAAAUAUCCACUAAUUGAUGGGCACAAUGACCUGGCACUGCGUCUGAGAAUACAGUACAACAACAAACUGAGCCUGGUCAAUUCGCAAAAUAUUCCUAAUGUGGCUACAGAUAUCACCCGUCUCACUGCUGGUCAUGUUGGAGGACAGGUCUUUGCAGCAUACGUGUUGUGUACAUCUCAGGACAAAGAUGCAGUCAGACUGACUUUGGAACAGAUAGAUGUCAUUCGUCGUAUGUGUACUGAAAACCCAGAGUUGGAACUGGUCACCUCAGCUGAAGGAAUGAUGAACAGUAAAAAAAUUGCAUGUCUAAUCAGUGUGGAGGGAGGUCACUCCAUCGACAGCAGUUUACCAGCACUCCGCAUGUUCUACCAGCUUGGAGUGAGAUCCAUGGCACUUACACACACCUGCAACACACCAUGGGCUGAGAGCUCAUCUAGGUUUUACCCAUAUUAUCAGUGGAAGAAAAAUAGCCUGACAGAAUUUGGUAAGGCAGUGGUGCAUGAAAUGAACAGAUUAGGAAUGCUGAUCGAUCUGUCCCACACCUCCUGGGAGACAGCUAGAGAAGUGCUGAAACAUUCUAGAGCUCCAGUUAUUUUCAGCCACUCCUCAGCCUAUGCUAUCUGUAACAGCACUCGCAACGUACCUGAUGACAUGCUACUGCAGCUUAAAGAAAAUGGUGGGCUUAUUAUGAUAAACUUCUACAACAGUUAUGUAGCAUGCUCAAAAGAAGCAGACGUCUCUAUUGUGGCUGAUCAUUUUGAUCAUAUUAAGUUGGUGAUAGGAGCUGAAAGCAUUGGGAUUGGAGCAGACUUUGAUGGGGGACAUGGAUUCCCUAAAGGCCUGGAGGAUGUCUCCAAAUAUUCAGCUCUAAUUGAGGAACUGAUGUCAAGGAACUGGACUGAGGAGGAGUUGGCAGGAGUGUUAAGAUUGAACUUCCUUGCAGUGUUCCUAAAAGUUGAAAAGGUGCGUGAUGAUAUGUCUAACACUUCACCCAGUGAAGUUGAAAUCCCAUUUUUGGAGGCAAACAACAGCUGUCGUGUGAUACUAACCCAUCCAUCCAUCAAGGCUGAGAGUAGCUAUCAAAACAGAAAUUCUCCUUUGCUGCUUGUAACAGCUCUAGCCUGGUUCAUCUCACUUGUUGUCAAAUGUAUCUAAUUAUA